GUCAUCAUCCCGAAGCGGCGGAGAGCGAACGAGAAUGUUCGACAAGCGUGAAGAACUCCGCGCCGCCGUCGCGAAGCUCUCCCUGUCCCACUCCCGAAGCUUCAACGCCUUCCCCACCCUUCCACCGCACUGGUGACACGAGCUCCACUCCACGCUAUAAAAGGCGCCGCAUACCGGCCGUCUCCCACCAGAUAAUUGAGAAAAGCAUUUCGCAAGAACAGCAAGUCAGCAACAAUCUACGAGCUCCUACGAUCUCCAGCUCUCUCAGCGUUCCAGUUUCCAGCUCCACGUAGCGCAAUGGCUGCAGCGGCCUCUCCCUUCGCUAUUGUGAGCCGCCUCUACCCGGCCGCGCGCCUCCCGGUCCGCGCCUGGAGGGCGGCGAGGCCGACGCCCGGGUUCCCGUCGUCCGGUAGAGCCCGCUCGCUCGCCGUGGCGUCCGCGGCGCAGGAGAACAGGGACAACACCGCCGUUGAUGUCCAGGUCAACCAGAACAGCGGCAGCCAGCAGCAGGGCAACGCCGUCCAGCGGCGCCCGCGUCGUGCUGCUGCUCCACUCGACAUCUCCCCGUUCGGGUUAGUUGAUCCGAUGUCGCCAAUGCGGACGAUGACGCAGAUGCUGGACACGAUGGACCGGCUGUUAGACGACGCAGUGGGGUUCCCCAUGGCGUCGCGGAGGUCUCCGGCGGCGACUGGCGAGGUCCGUCUGCCGUGGGACAUCAUGGAGGACGAGAAGGAGGUAAAGAUGCGGUUCGACAUGCCGGGGCUCGCGCGGGAGGAGGUGAAGGUGAUGGUGGAGGACGACACGCUGGUCAUCCGCGGGGAGCACAAGAAGGAGGAGGGCGCCGAGGGCGCGGAAGGCAGCGGCGACGGGUGGUGGAAGGAGCGCAGCGUGAGCUCCUACGGCAUGAGGCUGGCGCUGCCGGAGGCGUGCGACAAGAGCAAGGUGCGCGCCGAGCUCAAGAACGGCGUGCUCCUCGUCACCGUGCCCAAAACCGAGGUGGAGCGCAAGGUCAUCGACGUCCAGGUCCAGUAGAUGAAUAGCUACUUGCAGCUCACUAAGCUUUGAGCCUUGGGUUUCUACUGGCUAGUUUUCUCGGCACAACGCGUGUAGUGCGCGUUUCAUUCUCUCCUCCUCUGCGCGCGCGCAGAUUGUGUAGUAAUCAAAGGAGUGGAAUAAUGUGAAUAAAUAAUGUGAAUAAUGUGAAUAAAUUCAGGUUAUAACUCUA